AUGACUCUAACUCCGGAACGGUCCUACCAUUUCACAAGGACUUUGGGCAAAUUGAUAUGCGCGUGGCCUCCAGAUCCCAAGACAGGAAGGACGGAACGUUUUUUAAACAACGCAUUUUGGACCGUAUAUGUGGUAAAUGCGGUUCUCCUGAUGAUUCCUCUGGCGUUUGCCAUUCGAUAUUUCCGAGACGACGUCACCACAGUGACCAAGGCCGUCUCGGAGCUGACCUCGCUCGAGGAGGUCGUCUUGAACCUCAUCAUUUGCAGGGUGCAGAGGGCUCGACUUCAGGAACUCACCUCGGAAAUCCGGAAUUUCAUGACGAAGGCACAGCCCCAUGAGAAAAGCGUUCUCCAGAUGUAUGUCGCCCGUUACACGCCGUUCAACGUUUUCCUGGCCUCGUCUUACAUCCUGACGGCAAUCACCUUCUGCUGCGUACCACUUUUGACCUCGAGGACGCUUCCUGCGGACGCCUGGUAUCCCUUCUCCACGGAUCGGAUUUUCGUCAGGUGCGUCGUUUACCUUCACCAAUCUCUGGCUGUAUUGCACUGUGGGAUGUGCAUCGGCAUCGACAUCACCACUGUAACCCUCUUUUGGUAUGCUGGAGCGAGACUGGAGAUGCUGGAGACCGAGUUUAGGGAAUUCGAUACCAAAGCAGACCUCCAUCGCUGCAUCAAGAAACACCAACACGUAAUUAGAUAUGUCUCAGAGACGAGCCGAGCCCACGGUUUGAUUAUCGCUAAGGUUCCAAUGACGAUGACCAUCGCCGUCGCCUGUGGUGGCAUUCAACUUAUUCGACGCGAGUCCUUGCUGGUGAUGUCUCAGUUCGUCUUCUAUGUCAUGGCUGCGGCCCUUCGACUGUUUGCCUUUGCUUGGGCAGCGGACAACUUGAAGGAAACCAGCGAGAGGCUCGCAUUGGCGAUCUACGAGUCGGACUGGAUGAACAAAUCAUCGAAAAUCCAGAAAGAUCUGCGUAUAAUGAUUCAGAGGUGUCAGAGACCGUUGGUCAUUAGAAUAAGCGGCGUGUUACCGCUUCUCUCGUUGAAUUAUUACGUUCAGUUUCUCAGCACGUGCUUUUCGUAUUUCAUGACCCUUUUGGCUGUGACCGCUUAG